AUGGCGGGCGACGAUUCUCCCAGUCCUUCUGCUGUCUACAACGGCAGUGAAGAUCUUCAUGAUAAGAAUCCUUCGUUCGCUGGUGAUCCUUACAUCGAUGAUGAUGGCGAUCAUGGCGCAGAUACCGAGUUGAAACGCUCUUUGAGCACGCGUCACUUGACCAUGAUAGCACUUGGUUCCAGUAUUGGUAUGGGUUUAUGGCUUGGUAGUGGUACUUCUUUGGCCAAUGGUGGUCCCGCUGGUAUCUUCCUUGGUUACUGUCUCGCCGGAUCUAUGAUUUGGUGUGUUAGUCAUUCUAUUGGCGAGAUGGCGUGUGUGUAUCCUCUACCGUCUGCAUUCGUGCAGUGGACUGGAAAGUUUGUCGACCCAGCAGCUGCUUUUGCCCUUGGUUGGUCUUAUUGGUUCAGCUACUGUAUCACGAUCGCGAACGAGUUGGCAUCAGCGAAUACCGUCAUCACGUAUUGGACAACACGUGUGCCGAUUGCAGGGUGGAUCAGCAUAUGGCUAGUUAUCAUCAUCCUAAUUAAUAUCGGUGCCGUUACCCUCUUCGGUGAAAUCGAAGUCGUCGCUAGUACGAUUAAAUUUGGCUGGAUCUUCGUUGUUAUUAUCUCCAUGAUCGUCAUGUCAGCCGGAGGAGCAGGUUACGACGCGGUGGGUUUCCGGUACUGGAACGAGAUGCCAUUUACGCAUGGUUUCAAAGGUUUCCUCGCCGUAAUGCCUACUUGUAUCUUUGCCAUGUCGGGAUCUGAGAACUCGGGCUUAGUCGCCGCCGAGACAGCCAACCCGAAAAAGUCCAUACCUCGUGCUGUCGGAUCUAUAUGGCUCCGCCUCGCGCUUUUCUACUUAGUCGGAUCGCUCAUGGUUACUAUCAAUGUUAAUCCUAACAACGAUCGCCUUUUCGGUGCUAAUGGCGCCAGCGGAACUGGUUCUUCGCCGUUCGUCAUUGCCUAUAGCGACGCAGGCAUUCCUGUUCUGGCUCACAUGAUGAACGCGGUUAUUCUCAUAUCGGUUGUCUCAACUGGAUCUAUCUCAGGUUACGGUGGUUCCCGUACGGCAAUGGGGCUAGCUUACUUAAACAUGGCGCCCAAAGUAUUUACAAAGGCUGACAAGAUUGGACGCCCUUGGUGGGGUCUAGUCCCUACGUUCGUUCUUGGUGGUGGGCUUGCCUAUCUCAAUGUCAGUGAAUCCGGCGUUAAUGUCUUCACUUGGUUUUCAAAUCUCACCUCUCUCUUCACCUUAUUCGGUUGGGGCAUGAUUUGUCUCUCACACAUCCGUUUCCGUCACGCUUGGGCAAGGCAGGGUCGUACAGCUGAGGAGCUUCCCUGGAAGUCUUGGAUCUACCCAGUUGGUCCCUGGUGGGGUUUGACCAUGUGCAUCCUCCUCAUUAUAGUCCAGUUCUACCUUGCUGUCUGGCCACUUGAUCACGAGCAGGGUCCUACAACCUUCUUUGCAAACUACAUCUCGGUCAUCGUCAUCGUUGUACUAUGGCUUGGCGCUAGAGCCUAUUACCGUGGAAGAUGGUGGGUCAACCUCGACCACAUCGUGCUCGACGAAGGACGAAGGUUUUACAAGAAUGAUGUUGAGAAAGCGAAGCCCACCGGCGUGAAAGGAUAUGCGAAAAGAGCUGUCAGUGCUGUUUUUAGCUAA